UGGCCUUCAAUGGGCGCCUACGACACGGCAUCUUCCUGCACUUUGAAAUCGCAUCUUCGCUUGACCCUUUGCCUCUGCUACACCUCGUUCAGAUUCAUAAAUCCAGCGAUUCUCAUUUAUACUGGCCCUUCUUAGCGACUGGAGAUGAGAUAAUAAUUGCACCAUUGAUUUAUAGCUAACCACAACGUGAAAAUAAUGACUCACAGUAAUGGCAGUACACCUCUCAUCGGCUCUGUCUUCGAGAGAAAACCAGGUCUAUCCACGUCCUCAUCUUUCCAGUCUAAAUCCAUCGAUUCCAAGAAAACUGGAUUCCCUUCUGUGAAGCAUAGGUCACAGAGUGCUUUUUCACGAGCUAGAGUCAUUGAGAAAACCAAUGGGCAAGAACGACCAAGGCAACCACCGACUGUCACUUCUCUUUCUCCAAGGCCGUCACCCAGUGAGACAUCCACUGAUGACUGGCGUCGGCAGGUUGAAGAGGAGAAUCUUCGCAAGGUGGAAAGUAUGACUGCAGAGGAACGAGAGGAAGAGCGAAGGGAGAUCCUCGAGCGUUUCGGUUCUGGCAUUGAAGGCAUCCUCAAGAAAGCUCGAGUGGUGCGAGAGUCCAGGGAAGUGAAGGAGGACAACCAGAUCGAGGUUAAGCCUGAACCUCUCAGAGUGCACACUCCAAGGCCUCUGAAGGCGCCUCGUAAAGGUGUAUUGAUCUCGAGGCCAUCAAGUCCGCUUUCUGCUAGUAGUACGCGUCCUCCUAGUCGUGAUAAGCACCUACGAUUUGCAGAUAUUUCACCUCAGGAUGUGCACGUCUAUGAGUCUGCACCUCCCUCACCCAAGAGGAAGCCUCUCGCGUUGGCGGCACCCACCGCUAAUGACGGCCCAACCAUCUCUCUAGGUGAUUUUCAAGACCAUUUCAAGCUUCCAUCAAUGCAACCUGCCACUUUGUCUGCGGAGACGGCUCAACAGACAGAAUUCCAGAGAACAGCAGCUGACUUUGCGGCUGAGGAAGGAACUCCAGAAGACAUUCGACGUCGGUUCUUCCCCACUGCUGCUGCCAAUGUUCCUUCUUUGGCAUGGAUCACAGGUCCCGAUUCUACAAUUUCGCAAGCCGGCCCUUCAAUCCCUUCACUGCGUUUCGACCUCACAGGGACACCGAUACCAUCCGCACUCUCUUCAACUCUACCCACGCAUUUGGGUUUGCAUCAUCAUGCAGAGGGAACCCAUGCAGGCUAUACGCUAGAUGACCUAUUCUUACUCUCGCGAUCUACAGUCCCGGCACAGAGAGCAUCUAUGUUAGACGUUCUCAAUAGGAUCGCACAGAAGCUUGCGGAUGGUCACAAAGAUUCUUCGAAAGGCAUCCCAGAGCUUGCGGGCCAAGAGAAGGAAUUGCGGAAACGAAUUCUCGCUGCAGGCGUUGAAGCGAUGGGUGAACGUGGAAGUUUAGGAGCACAAGCAAUUGCGGCAAUGUGGACUUGUCUUGUCGGAUGGGACGAGGACCUCAUCUCAAUCGAAGGCGUUGAGCUGAAGGAGGCCUCUGACGAUGAUGCAAUCUCGUCGUUACCUCUGGAGUAUGUUUUGCCACAGAUCGCAACAGCUAUUCGCGCUGUGGCACUCCCUAUGGAGUCCUUGACACAGUUACUCGCAAUUGUCCAUCGUUUGGUCCAACAUUCAAACGAGAUUGCUGUGAAAAUUGUAGAGACUCCUACUUUGGUCGCCAGCAUAGUCCAAACAUUCUUACUCACACCUAUCCCUCCUCCUGACGAGUCUUCGUACCCCGACCCUUUCGCUAUCCAAGUCCUCAUAACUUUGGCUCUUGCUUCGCGCUCCAAUGCAUCCAUGCUGACAGGCCCUGCUGAUGCUCUACUACGUUUCGUUGUCACGCUGCCAAACUCAUCCUCUUACCCCUUAUCACUUGCGACCACUCUCCUAUCUUCAACACUUCGCCUUUAUACCACCCUCGCAUCUUAUGGUUUCUAUGCCCAAAUCGCAACGACCGCCUAUGAGCAUUUCGACAAGCUCGGGCGGUACGUUCGCUCCGAAGAGUGUCGCUCUCUACAACUUAGAGCAGCUUGGCUAGGGCUAGUGGAAGCCUGGACGAUCUGCGCUCGGGAUCCUCAUCGCACUACUCCUACUCACGAGAUCUUAUGGAGCCAGAUCGUUGGAUGGGGUUGGAACGAAGACGUGCUUUCCCUCAGACAGAGACUCACUCCCGAGAAUGGGUCAGUUUGGGCAGCGAUUUGGAGGGCAGAAGCUGCUUGGUUAGAGGGAGCGAGUGUCAACGGUGUGAAGAAUGGAGAGUCGGAGAAGUCUGCUCUGAUAAAUGGUGUAAGUGACGGAUUUACCAGUGGACCAGAGCGGGAAGUUGUUGAGAACAGUGUGAAGGAGGCUAGCCGGUUGCUUGAGGAAUGGACUAACGUCAAGGACCUCGUACGGCUGCGUGGUAUUUCAAAACAUGCUAACGUCGUAGCAUCCGCGAUUCGUCUUUGGCUCUCUUGCCUCCCGUCUGCUUCGCAGACUGGUCUCGAAUCUCCUCCCUUUCGUCUUCCGUUCAAAGAUAUCUCAGCACUAUGUGCAGUGGUAGCGACGCACUCGAUCUGGGAGGCGGCUUUCGGAAGAGGUGCCCCGCCCUUUUCACAUUUGUUCUGCAGGCCACUAUCCGGGCUACUGUCUGUUUACCUGGAUCUGUCGAGAGUCAUGCCUGGAACCUCGGAUGACUUAUGGAUGGCUCAGGCAUUUACGAUAGUUCUACGAUUACUUCCUGGCGACGAAGAUAGCGCGAUACGUAUCAUCGAGGGUGCUGUCGGUAAUAUCCAUCGAUCAUUCAUGGAGUCUAGAAAUUGGCAUGUUCCACCGGCCAUAUGGGAGAAGAAUGGUAUGGAUCCAAUUAUGCCUUUCCUCACGUAUUCUCUCCGGGUGAAGGAUGUUGUCGUUGGUCCUUACUGGAUGUCGCCAAAGUCAAUAUCUACUGCCACGACCCAAAGGUUACCACCGCAAUCCAGUAUUAACCCGGACACUCGAAAGGAGCUGUCCUUGCCUCUAAACAAAGAUUGGGCUUUCGUUCCUUUGGAUUAUCUGUUACGCUCAGGUCAGACGGAUAUUUUCAAGACAUUGCCUUCAGCUUGGAAUUACUCGGAGACGGAAGUUGUCAGGGCAACUUUACUCUUGGUGAGGGUUGAGCGAGAGGUCCUGAAACUGCACGGGUUGCAAACGCCAAUUCUCAGCAGGGAAGAGACCGUCUUCGGGUGUAUGAAGGUCUUCAUGUUGGAACAUGAACAGCAGCAGGAGAGCAUACAGGAAGAGGUAUUUCGGGACUCCAUCGUAGGCUCAUUCAUGGAAGAUACCAUGGCACCCUUCACCAUUGCUGCAAGCUCAUCUACGCCUUCCUCUUCUGACUCACGCCCUACACUUGAAGUCGUUGCCAAACGUUUCCUGGGGGACUCCAUACCGUUCUACCAGUACUACACUGACUUCGUGGGAUUGUACGAUUCCGUAUCUUUCUCACAUCCACUCUUCGCUCGGCUACUCUUACCUCCAACGUCCAUGCGAUACGCCGUAGACUAUCGCAAGUAUCUGUGGGCGGACUACAGUCAUAUAGUCAAAACGAUCAAGACUCCAAUUGAGGCGGUUAUAGCGGACAGCGUCGAUGAAUACCUGUAUCCGGUAGAGACCAGCGCAGAAGUCAUAGGAGCGUACCUGAGGACUCUGGUGAAAGGCGGUCUGGAAGGUUUCGUGAGAUUGGUUGCCGUCCAUCACAUCGCGUGCAACAUCUGGCCAGACUUACGCAAUGGUGUUGGCGAUGACGGCAAAGCUGCAAAGUUGUUGCAGGCUGUUGUCACUCAGUGCGGUUUUGAUGCCGUUAGGGAGGUGGUUCUCUACCGACAGACUGCUGGAUCUGCUGCGGUUCUUCCUCCAGCAUGUUUCGAGCAAGCAGGCGAGUGGAAAGUGUCAAGGCGGGAGUUCUUAGGGCAUUCUGGGGAUUUAGUGAAGGAACGUAUAGAGAAAUUAUUGUAAAACGCAGCUCGUUGUCCUGUAAGUAAAUUAUGUGUCGAUAUAUUUACAAUCAUGCUACUUGUACUACAGAACUGGUAUAUUACAGACGUCGACGAGAUAUAUAGUCGCAUUGAACAUUUGAGUCGUAUUAUUUGACAGAAGGACAAUUGAAUUCCAAUAUGUCAUGAAUUGAACGAGUGAGUACGAGUAAUCAAGGGGAAAAGUAUGAGUGGAGGAAGGGGUAUCGUGGUUGAGAACGUGGAGAAGUGCAUGACUGGGGAUAGUAGUAGUACAGAAUAAGUAAGGUAGGGGGUAAUACAAGAAAUCGGACACAAGACAGAUAUCGAGACACAUGUUGCUAAGCCUAGAAAUACUGAAGUGCAAUAGAUAGACCAUGAACAG